AUGGUUGUAGAAGAAAAAAAAACGAAAAUCCAUAAAAUUACUAUUUUCCAAAAAAGGAUCGACUGGGUUAUUUCUAUCAUUUUGACAAUUUGGACAUGUUAUAUUAGAUUGUGGAGGAUUUCACAACCUUCAUCAGUAGUAUUUGAUGAGGUCCAUUUUGGCGGUUUCGCUAGCAAAUAUAUUAAUAAAAAAUUUUUUAUGGAUGUUCAUCCUCCAUUGGCGAAAUUGUUAAUUACUUGGGCUGCUGAGAUAGUUGGUUUUGAUGGACAAUUUGAUUUUAAGGAAAUCGGAAAAGACUAUCUUAAACCAAAAGUACCUUAUGUACAAAUCCGUGCUUUUUGUGCUUUAAAUGGUGUUAUGGUGGUACCUAUUGCUUACUGGACAAUGCGUAAUUCUGGAUUUUCUAGACCGACUGCUAUUUUGACAGCUUUAAUGAUUUGUUAUGAAAACAGCUUAAUUACAAACAAUCGUUUGAUUCUAUUGGAUUCUAUUUUAUUAUACUUUAUCGCUUUUACACUUUUGAUGUGGAUUAAUUUUCGCAAUCAAGCAAAUCAACGAUAUAAAUUCUGGUGGUGGAUUUGGCUUAUUUUAACAGGUGUCGGUAUAGGACUUACUGUGAGUUGUAAAUGGGUUGGAUUGUUUACCAUGGCUACAAUUGGUUUAGCUGUCAUAAAGAAUUUGUGGGAUCUAUGGGGAAAUCAAAAAAUCAAAGUGAUUGAACUAGUAAAACACUUCUUGGCCUAUUUUAUAUGUUUAAUUCUUAUUCCUUUUAUCAUCUAUGCUACUUGCUUCGAAAUUCAUUUUAAUAUGCUUCCUUUAUCUGGAACUGGCACUAGUCAUAUGUCAUCUGAGUUUCAAACUUCUUUGCAAGGCGUAAAAUUCCCUGAAAGCACAUUUGCCGAUAUUGUAUAUGGAGCCAAAAUUAGUAUCAAGCAUAUGGGAACAAAUGGUGGUUAUCUUCAUUCUCAUGAGCAUUCAUAUCCUGGUGGAAGCAAUCAGCAACAAGUUACACUCUAUUCUCAUAUUGAUGAUAAUAAUUGGUGGAUAAUUAACAAGGCAGAUACAGAUGAUGUGAAUGAUCUUGAAUACGUUAAGCAUGGAGAUAUUGUACGUCUUACACAUCUUAAGACUCAUAGACGCCUUCACACCCAUGAUAUUAGACCUAUUACAAAUGAUGAAAAAUAUCAAUAUGAAGUAAGUUCGUACGGAUUUAAAGGUUUUCAAGGGGAUAGCAAUGAUAAUUGGCGUGUUGAGAUCAUAAACUAUGAUGGUCCUGAUCCAUUUGCGGGCGAACGACUUCGUGCUCGUCGUUCUCAAUUUCGUUUGGUUUCUGUCACUCAAAAUUGUGCACUUUUUUCACGUAAAUUUAAAUUACCGGAAUGGGGUUUUAAACAGCAGGAAGUGACAUGUAUGAGAGACGCACUUUAUCCUAAAACUAUUUGGAGAAUUGAAAGUACUGAAAGUGACCUUUUGCCUGAAAAUGCAGAAGUUGUAGAGUAUGAACAUAAAGGAUUUUUUGGCAAAUUUUUAGAAUUAAAUAAGGUGAUGUGGAAUGUUAAUAAAGGCCUGUCUUCAGUUCAUAUGUAUGGUUCAAGGCCUAAGGACUGGCCAUUAUUAAAGCGAGGUAUUAGUUUUUGGUCUAAAGAUCAUUUAAGGGUCUAUUUACUUGGAAAUCCUCUUAUUUAUUGGGUAUCUACAGCUUGUGUAUUUACAUAUGUAAUGUAUAAGGUGUUCAUUUUUGUACUUGCUAAACGUUGUAUAUCUAUUCCUCUACAAGUUAACUUGUCCAGAUAUGAUUCUAUAAUGGGGUUCUUUUUUAUUUCAUGGGCACUCCAUUAUUUUCCUUUCAAUUUAAUGAAACGUCAACUAUUCCUUCAUCAUUAUAUGCCUUCACUUUAUAUGGCCGUAUUGAUGAGUGGCGUCUUUUUUGAAUUAUUUACCAGUAAAUUCUCCACUCCUGCUCGUUGGUCUUUUAUGAUAGUCUGUAUAAUGAUGAUUGUCUAUGUUUAUCGUAUUUUUAUUCCAAUUAUAUACGCUGAACCUUGGUCUAAAGAAAAUUGUUUAAAAGCCACAUGGCGUUCUACCUGGGACUUACGUUGCGAAUGGUAA